AUGACUGUUGCUAAUUCGAGUGAGGUUUCAAGCCUCGGGGAGGAAUUGCAAUGUUUCCGAGAAGAAAUGCAACAAACCCGCGAAGAAUUUCGGGCAUUCAGAGAAGAACUUCGGAACAUAAGAACACUUGUCAGCAAAUGCGAUGCUCGUUUACAUAAGCUCGAGAACACGGUCCAAACUAUCCUGGAAUCACAAGUACAAUAUGGCUCUCAAGGAUUCAAAAGUGAAAUCCUUAAACUCGAGUCGACCGUCAAUCUGCUGCAAGUCGACUUAAACGAUAGGGACCAGGAGUUGCUUGCAAAUGACUUCGAAUUAAGUGGCAUUCCAGAGGAGAGUGGGGAGAACCGAACACACUUGGUUCUAACAGUUGCAACCAAGCUUGAUAUUCAUUUGGAGGAAGGGGAACUGGUCAAUUGUAUGCGAGUGGGGGGCGCUCGCCAGGAUACCACGUCUCGUCCGCGGCCCAUCGUUGUGCGGCUGGCGCGGCGCGACGUGCGUGAUGACGUGCUGCGCGCUGCGCACGUCCGCCGGUCUCUAACAACCGAGGCUCUAGGUCUUAAGUCCGCGCCCUGCAAUAUCUAUAUAAACGAACGACUUACUUGUUUCGCAUGGCACGCGAGACAUGCCGCAAGCAGGAAUGGCGUAUGUUUGGACGAAGGGAGGCGAAUUUUUGCACGUCGGAAAGCAGGAGCUCCAAUAAAUCGCAUUCGCUUCAACGCGGAUAUUGCAUAG